AUGUACAGGUCUCCCUACUCGCCCCCAGAAAUCAAUUGCACGAGUAAAGGGAUCGUCUCCAGCAAGAUCACCGUGCUGUUCAUCCUCAUCGUCACUGUCCCUGGAUUCCUGACGGUUCUGGCCACUUGGCUCGAACCUGGUAGAUCCCACAUUGAUCCCUUCAUUGACCUGGCGACGGUGGUUGCUGUGGCGGCUUUCCUCGAUGCCUUUCAGAAAGUGGCCGACCUGGCUACCAACUCACGAGGUGGAACCAAAGACAUUGGAUCAGCGCUGACCAGGAUGUGUAUGAGACAUCGCAGCAUAGAGGCCAAACUCAAACAGUUCUCCAUGGCCUUCCUGGAGGGAAUGAUCAACCCUCUACAAGAACAGAUGGAGGACUGGAAAAGAGGAGUCAACACUUUGGACAAGGACCAUGCUAAAGAGUAUAAAAGAGCCCGGCAGGAAAUUAAAAAGAAAUCCUCGGACACACUGAAACUUCAGAAGAAAGCAAAGAAAGCUGAUAAUCUGGUAUGGUAA